CACCCACACACACACACACACACACACACACACACACACACACAAAAAGCAGUCCUGGACUACACAGCCCAAAUCCUCUUGGUGAGGGUGGUGGCUGGUAAGGGCCAGCUCGCAGGGGCCGCCUCAGGCAGGGCAGGAGUGGUGCCGCCGCCCUCCGCAUCGGGUCAGACGUGUUCUGGGCGGUUCGAGAGAGAGCUUCAACAGUUGGCUCGUUCAGCGUCCGCAGCUCUCACUGUCCGGAUGGUGCUUCAGCUGGACCCCAGACCGGUUCCCCGUCGGACAGCAGGAGGAGCGCAUGGAGCUGUCUGCUGACCGGACGCUGCGGCUCAUCUCCUGCUGUGGAGCCGGCAUCAGAAUGCUGCAGCCCGCUGCCCGGUGCCUCGCCGCUUCCCGGCUGCCGACUCAGGAGCCUGGCACGACUCGGCACAGAACCGAUGUCCCCUGAAUCCAGGUAAAGUUGAGUGGUGUGAAGCGGUCGGCGUGCGCCGGCUGUCAUUGUUUUUACGCAUGACGAUGGCUCGCGCCUGUCUGCUCUGUGUCUUGCUGAGCCGUUGGUGCCGCAGCUGAUGAGGGAGGCUUGUCUGUGGCCGUCUGGUCGGCUCCACCUGCCCCCGUCGCUGGCUCCAAAACACCUUUUUAUUGCGAUCAAGUGACAGACAACUUGUUGGUUCCAGGGAGCGAGAGGCUUUGGGGAACAAGGGAGCCGCUCAUCUGCAUCUGCAAACAUGAGGAAGGUUCUGUGUCCAGCAGGUGGAAGCCAUCCGCAUGCGUGGCCCCUCUGAUGCUGUCAGUGUUUGGUCAGCUGGAAGUCAAAGUUGGCUCACAGCCGCGGAAGCAGAGCUCUGCCGGGCAUGCUGCUGCUUGGCCAGGCAGAGCCCACCACGAUCCAGCUUCUCUGCGUGCCCUGCAUACAGAUCACCCCUGACAGAACACACCGUGGAUGCUUGAGCAUCAUUUCAUAAAUCACCCCCACCCCCAUGUUUAUUUUGAAGGGGUGUCAACUUGAUGUGGAUCAGAGGGUCUGUGAAGGUCAAUGUGAAAGGCACAGGUUUUUGUGAGAGCACAAAUACUGGGGGGUCAGAUUUUUUCCAAUACUUUGUUAUCCGAUUGGAUUGAGAACAAGCAAGGAGACCAAAUAAAUUUACAUUAAGCAAGGAACUUAAUGUUUUUAUGCACACUGUGAUGAUUCCUUGGUUAUGAUUGCAAUCUAACAAAAUGCAGUCAUGUCACAUUAUUUUUGUUACAAUUAAUGUAAGCCUGCUCGUUUUAAGAGUCUUUUAUAGUUGAUCUUUUAUCUACAGUCAGAUUGAAAUUUUUAAAAAUCCUGUUUUACAGAAAUCUUGUGUUUUUUGUGUGCAUCUGCUUUAAUCUGUUCUUUGUUGCAAAAUUAUUCUCAUGAUUCUUGACAAAAAUAUUUAUGGGCUUCCCUCUAUUGGGUUGCAACAAACCAUUGUCCCUCUUUCUGCAGCGUAUGCAGAAACAUCACAUUUCCCUGUUUCAGGCUUCUCAUAGAGGCGCAAACACAAACUCUGGAGAACCCAUGAGCAAGUUUUAACCUGAGGUUUUAUGGCUCAGUUGGCUGCAUGCAGAACUGAUUGGUGGGAAACAAGGAUUCACUUCCCAGGGGGCGCAACGAGCUUCAUCCAGUGUGGGUCCUUUGGCUUUUGGCAUGACUAGACCAGCUCCACAAAGUCUUGAAUUGUUUUGGCCAUGAAGACUGAAAAGGAACCAAGAGGAACUGCGGGAAAAACCGCAUCUCGCAAGGGGAGAUCCCUACAUUUUUUAUGGGGCAGAAAAAAGAAGAAUAGGAUGAUUAAAGGCAAGCUGCGUAUGCGUUCUUUGCCGGGAGCGUUCUUAGUGCUCGGGAUCAUGGUUGUGGCGGUUGGAACUGCCCUGGCUGUUGCAAGUUACUGGCCGUACAGCUUAUCCAAUCCCCCUGUGAUGGGAACAACAGAGGGGGACUGCCUUCCGGGGUCACAGGAUUCUGGUUGGAGUCUGGGGGCCAAGGGGCUGUUGUCAUCAAGCAACUUCUUCUACACUGAGCGCAUGAAGAUGCUGGGGCCUAUCAUCAUAGGGGUGGGGCUUUUCAUCCUCAUCUGUGCCAACACCGUCCUGUAUGAGAACAGGGACAGAGAGACUCAGAUGCUCCUGGCUCAGAUGCGCAAUGUCAUCUGCUCCGUGUCUGCAGCCGUGCCUUCAGCUGGUCUCAGGGAGAUGGCGGCCGCCAACUCCAUGGCCAAACGUUAUCAGUGGGUGAGCAGUCUGCCUGCUGCUCAUGUCAGCCUCUGUGUGCAGCAUCUGGCCAGCUCUGAACCCUCGCUGCAAACCAGAGGCUCCACAGCUGGCGCUGUUCUGCAGGCUGAAGCUUUCCACCACUGUGAGACAGAGUCUCCUCCAUCCCUCCAAUCCUUCAGUUCAGACUUGUUGAAUACCAGUCAGACAAAAUGUAUCGGUAAACCCAAGGAGCUUGCUGAACGAGCCGCCUCCAAUCUGCAAGCUGCCUUGCUCCCCAGCUAUGACGUCUGUCUUGCCUCCACCAACUCCAUGUCUAUGCUGGAGUGCGAUGGGGUGAACGUCUCAGCUGUCCAGCCCAGGCGCUGCCACAGCAUGAGCUGCAGGACUAACCCUUACAGAGCCUUCACCAGACUGCCCCCACUGCCAGUUCCACUGCAAAAACUGGAGAUGAGCAAAGCAGAAAGCAGUUCUCAGGUUUGUGUGACCAUCACAGAGGAGGCUCAAACCCACAGCAGCUGGCCUUGUCUGAACCUUGGAAGUGGGAGACGAUACCUGAAACUGGAGAACAAAGAGGACUCCGUGGACAGGCUGCUAGAUCAACAGUGUUCUUCCUGGGAUAAGAGCUUUGGCUCUGGACCUUUCCAGUAAUGUCUUCAUUGAUGACCUGCCUGACUUGGAUUUUUGAUUUAGAAUACUCGUAGACUCCACAAACUACGGUUUACAAUCAGAAAGCAAUAUUUCACAGUGAAUCUGUCACUGCGACAUUCAGGGGACUGAACAGCAUCCAUUCAAACAAGGUGGAAUCAUCUUAACUUCUGCAGCAGUGCAUGAAAUAGACCUAUUCUAUGGAAACAUCAGCUGCAGGAGAAUGAAUCUUUUUUUUCCUCUGAGAAAUCACUUCUGAACUAAAACAUCUGGUCGUACAGUGUAGUGACAGCUAACAGCUGAUUCACACUCAGUCAGAAGUGUCUUGCGAACUCCUUUGUGCAUGACAAGCCAUCUUUUUCCGCUGGGACAUCAUAUACUUUGGGUGAGGCUCAUCAAAAACCUUCUUGCUGGAUAUUCUCACUGCUGCACAUUCUCUAAGCAUUGUGGUGUAUCUUCAGUCACAACAAUGGUAAAAAUGACAAGAUUCCUCAGCUCAGAUGGUUUGACGGAUUUUCUUAACGAUUUGCUGGAUAUUUGAAUGCACUUCUUAUCAGACCUUUCAAUGCCAGUAGAUUGGUCUAUUCCACCUUCUACAUCACUUUCCCUUCCAUGCAGAUUGUUACCAAUGACACAAUAAUGCUACGUUCACACCUGGCAUGUGACGAGUGUUCUUGUGCUUUGAAUAUGAUGUUCACACUGGACUGUCACUACCUGAAACAAGUGCAUAUCCACCUCCUACAGUUGGAAAAGGCUUGGCGCAAAAUGUCAAAGCAGUGUAAAUCUUGUGAAUCUUGCUUCAGGCUCUUUUCUUUCACUGUUCUUUUCCCAUUUAUAAAAGAUUUGGUGUCAUAUGAUUCUGGACAGGCGCAAAUUGCAAUUAUUAAUUUCUCCUUCAUGUAUAAUUUUCAAACAGUUGGCACUUCUGUGAAUGAAAAGGGAUCCACACAUCCCUAGCAAAUUUGAGUCCCUGAUUGCUUAAAGUUCAACCUGCUUCAACUUUCAGCUUGCAUUCAAUAGACUCUCAUUUUGUAUGUAGAAAAACAGCCUUUUAAAAAAAUGUAUGUAGCGAUGCACAGAUGCAAGAGUUUUGAAUGUGGAAAUGCAAAAUGGCGUCUAUUCUUACAGAGGAUGAAUCAGCUUUAAUGCAGCCACUACAGACAACUAUGUCAUUCUUACUCCAAAUGCAAUAAAUAGCAACUUUAAUGCAGCUUAACACUUAUGCAAACUUUUUUGUUGUUGUUUGUGGUGACUCUCCAGUAAAUGAAUGCAUUACAACUAUUUCUUCAGAGUUCAUGCGCUCAGCACCAAUCAUGACAACACUGUGCUUUCCUGUCUGCCUGCAUGUUUGUCUGUACUGCACUCUAAACAUGCUUGAACUUGGUCUCCACUGCAUCACAUUUGUCUCUAGUGCAGGUGUCUUUGCGUCUACUCACAUCAGAGAAUCUGUUGUCUUUACUCCAAAGUGUGGUUUGUUUGGCUGCUGUGAUUCCUUUGUUUUAUAUUUGGACUUGUUGACUGGACUCUGAAACAGUACAGAUCUGGUAUGAUUUCUUAAAGGGUGUUAUUUGCCAAUGCCGUGACAUAACUUUUGUUAUUCUUGAGUUGCUGACAAUGGUUUAGAUCUGAAACCAUUAUUUUUUUUCCAUUUAACUCUAUAUAAAUUUUGCAUGUUGUCUCUUUCUUUCCAUGUACAGACCGAUGGUAAACCAGUGCAUAGUGCCACCUACUGUUUGGGGGUGUGAGAAACAGUGUCAUGUAUCAUCGUUUUGGACAAUGCAAACUCUGGCUAGAGAAACGUCAGAAAAGCUAAUUAAUUGUGCUCUAGCAUAGAUAUGUAUGGAUAAUGUGGUAGUGUCAAAGUCUUUGUGAUCUGUAUUUUUUUUUGUCCAUCAUGCUCAAAGCGUUCAUCAGCCCAGUUUUUUAUUUCCGCUGUUUGAAGGCCAAACAAAAGUCAGAUGGUAAAACCAAAGCAGAGUGUACAGGACUACAGUACAAAAGCUAACAGAUACAUUAUAAAUGAAGCAUCAGCCAUAACAAACAGCUUUGUAGCACGUUCAGCUCGUCACGAGCUAAAAGCUGUUUGUUUCUUGUUUUUCUAGGGUGGUAAUUGUAAUAAAUGUCUCCAGGCUUUAAAAGCUUUUUUUUUCUUCUGCUCAUUAAAGUGUGAAUGGAAAAGCAGCUGGCUUUGCAGAGGCAGUCUGUGUGUCUCCUUACAGAUUAGAGGUUUAACUGUAAACAACUGAAUUUAGUUCUGUUUGGUUUAUUCCCACAGUAAAUAGCCCAUUUAAUGUCACCUUGAGGCAGACAAAGCAAGCAGAUGUUCUUCAAAAUCAGGUUAAAAUGUUCAAAUUCAUUCCAUUACAAACCAAAGUGUUAUAACAAGAAGUUUCCAUUUAUUUAGUUGCUAGAUGAGGAACCAGUAGACUGUGUGAAGCAUCGUCAUUGCAGCCCCCCUGUGCUGUCUAAUCUCACCAAUGAUCUAAUAACACAGUGAGCUUGUUGUGAUGUUCAGAUAGUUGCCUAAAAGCAUUGAAAUUUUCGGUUUAUGGAUCUGCAUCUGCAGAAGGUCGACCACUUUCCUGUAGUCCAUCAUGCAGUCUGAUGGCUGCAGAACUGAACACCACCUGUCCCAAAUUGCGAUUCCUGCUGUUUAUUUCUGGGUAGUCUGUUUAUGUCAAUAGCUGUUGUUCAAUCCAGGUACAGGUACAGUUAGCUUGACAGUUUACAACAAAUAUUUCAAUAAUUACGGGAAUGUAUUUGACUAAUAACAUGCAGACUACUCUCAGAAAAGCCAACCUGUGGCUCAAACUCAGUACUAAAGCAGUGCCAAACCCUAAAAAGAAACUUCCUUCCAAAAGGUAUAGUUCAGCGUUAAAACUCCAUGAAAGGUUUCUUUUCGCUAUAGGGUUGUGUCUGAAGGUGGGGCUUUGUGUCUUUAUCCCGUGAUUAAUGAGGCAUUUAGCAUGACAAGCUGACUAUAUUCUGAUCUUUAGCGUUGUUCACUGAAUGUCAGAAAAGGUGCUGCUACAAACAAGGAUAAUGAAAAUUGUUCUCCAGAAAGCAGUGAUGCCGUAGACGGGAUGAUGCUUUCAAAAUAUCUUUGGCUCCUCCAAGUGUAAGGGUGGCUUAUCACUAAUGUGCGUCAGUUUUGAGUAUGACCAAGGGUCUUUUUCCUUUCUGAAGAUUCAGAUUUUGCAGUGUGGGUUUGCUUUUAAAAUUUGCAAGUUAUUUUUUAUCUAAGCAUUUCUGCAACACACCUCCAUAUCCCAAGAUCUUCCUUCUAUGGUAACAGAUUUGUUUCCAUGGUGAAAACUUGCCCUUCAACUGUUUUCUUUAACCUUUAAGUCUAAUCCAUGUUAGUACAAUUUAGACAGAUUUUUGACCUACUUUUGCUGAUUAUUUCUAUACACAAAUUUUUCAAACGUAUGAGUUUCUUCAUUGAAACAGAGUUAUGAGAAGCCCAACAGCUCCACUGUGACUUCACAAGGUCACCAACAUGUUUAGUCACCUCUAGUCUGAAGAUUAUUCCUAUUCGAUAAAUGUGAACUCGACAUUUGUCAUUUUUCCUUUCUCUUUCCUUUCUUCUCUCUUUAAUGAACAAUAAUUCCUUAAUCUGCUAUGCCUGUGUUGUGAAUCUAAUUCAAGGCAAAUACAGCUCAUGAAGGCUGCCUUUUCAAUUAUUUGCUAAAAUAAGCUCCUGGUAGGUAACAUCAUGUAACCAGCUGUUGCUCAGUAGACGUAGACGUCAAAGAAGAUUUUGGGUCUCACAACAAGCAGCCACCAGGACCCAUUCUUAAAUAGCAUGAAAACAAUUUCAAUUCCUCUAUUGUUCUACAGUGAAACAUUUUCAGUUGUAAUCAUCCCUAGCAGCAUGGUGGAGUGGCAGGGGGCAACUUCUCUCAUGGUAAUUAUUCUCAGCAGAGCCUUCUGCGCAUUUCCAAACUUUUCCCUUCUUAUUAGGUUUUGUGGUCCCCUCAGGGCUGGUAUGCAGCUCCUCUUGAUUUCUUCUUGUUUAAUUGGUCGUCCAAGACCUGCAGGGUUUCUAACAGCUCAUAAAGCUGGCAGACUGAAACUUCUCCCCUUUGCAACAGGAGCGAAGGACUGUAAUUCACAACAGGAGGCCAAGAAAGGGCAAACAUAUACAAACUGCUCUGCUUGCUGGUCUAAAAUGUUUAACAAAGCACAGACCAGAAGCAGUAUAUUUAAAGUCCCUCUCUGACCAUCUUUUAUUAAAAAGUUCUUGUCAUUAUCAUGAUGUCGUUUUUUAGCCAAUCUCCAGAAACCUGUGUUGUUUUUUGGACAUAGUUUCUGCAGAGCAGAAGCUUCUUAGAAAUUCCCCUCUGAAAGCACAUCCCCAUUUCCCAUCAUCCCUCUGUUUACUGACUCUCCUGCUAGCUUGCAGCCCCUCACAACCCCAUGCUAUCAUUAGCAAACAAAAAUAUAGGAGCUAUCCAGUCGAUCCGUUUUAGCCAAAUGCCAGCUCAGGCGAGAAAAAUGAAGACGUGCAUAGAUCUAUUUGUCUGAAAGAGGAUGCAUCAGAAAGGAGCGGAGCACGGAGCUUGUUGCCUGCUGACUGGAGCACCUACAUCACAACUACAACCUUUUUCAACAACAUUUAUUUGUCUGCCCCUGAUCCAUGAAGAUUUGAAUAAAGAAAUAUUCAGAAACGCAAUUUUAAGCUUAAUAUUCUUAUUAUAUGUUCUCCAUCAGGAAAAUGCUACAAAAAGACCAUAAACCAUUUUCACUUUAAGAAAGUAAGUCGAAUGUGAGGACAUGGAACUGUUGUCUCUACUGGGAAUACCAUUUUCAUUAUCACACUGUCAAUGAUUUUCCUCAGAAAAUAUGCAGUCGUGCCAGGAAAACAUAGGCUGCUACAAAACAUGCUGCAAAUCAUGAUAUAAGCCGGUUAGCUGUUACCCCAUCUUAUCUUUGUUUAAGAGUAAACCUCAUAUAGUACUUUUUCUUUUUAAUUAGCAUUUUGGUUUAAAUUUGGCAGGUUUUCCUGCUCACAGUUUCAGCUCAUUCUUUAAUGUUUCAGAGUCCGUGCUUCACAAUGUGUUUUACUCACUCACCUAUUGUCUUAACUUUGUAUCUUUCAAAUGAAAAACUCUAGAAACAUCGCCGGCUGUCAUAAAAAUUUGAAUCGUCCUAGCUGACAGAAGCAGGAUGCGCGUCCUCUCACAGCAAAAGAGUUCCUUGUUCGACUCUUAGGUGGAUGCUUUUAGCACGUGUGACGGGGUUCUUCUUAGCAGUGAAUAAAUAAAUCACCCUAAAAUAAGAUGACCAAGCCAGCUGACUCCAAAUUUCAAACAAUCGGAUUUUAUUGAUUCCAUUACAAUAAUCAAAUAAUUUAUUCAACUGAUUCUGGCAGAGCCUGUUGCCACCACUGCAACCCAGACUGGUCCCCCAUAACUGGGAAACGUUCACCCAUUAUAAAGGCUUAGCCCCUCCCACAGGCCAGUUCACCAAACACUUCCUUAAAACAAAUUUCUGCCUUCCAACCUGGAGGAUUCUUGAACAUAACACCAAAAUUACAAAUAUUUAACAAAAAACAACAGUAACAAUUGAAAUACAGAAAUAGGUUAGAAAAAAAAUAAUUAGACAGGGAAACAAAGCAAAAAACAAUUCUGAAAUAUGAAGUCACUUCCUGUUUGCUGUGGAUAUGUAUGCUGAUUUGCACAAAUACUCUGGUUUGGCUGUUUGUGCAGAGAAACUUAAAUGGUGAGUAAGAUUCUGUUUAAAACCAAGUGUGCACCCUUAGAAUCAAACAAAAUAUGAAAUGUGAAUGAUUUUUUUUUUGCCUGGGCGUGUGCAUGUGUCCAGUGAGACAACAGAGACAAGACAAACAAUUGAGGCGGGUGUUCAGGCGCUGUCCUGCAACCUCUGACGCUACUUUGUCACAGCAAGUUUUCCCUGUGCAUGUGUGGGUUUUCAGUUCAGUUCGGUUUCCUCGCACGGUUCAAAACAAGUGUCGUGUUAAAUCAAUUGGAAUCACAGUUGUCUUUCUCUUUUUACGCCCUGUUAUGUCUAGGUGUUGUAAGAUGACUACACAAAAAAUCACUCAGAACAGAUUAAAAUGGCAUAUUUAAAAGACAAAUGACUCCAACAAAAGGAUGUAAAGCCAAAAAAAAGCUGGCAGAAAAAUGACAGGGCAAUUUUAGCUUCUUGAAGUCUAAAAUAUAGGUUUUCUAUUGUCAAGAGUACAGGCAAAUGGAUUUUGACUCAAAUCUUAACUGUGCUGAUUUUGAGAAAAGCUUGGACACGGCAAAGAUAAGUUAAAACAACUUCAAAGGUAACAAACCCUGAAUGUCUAAAAAUGAGGUUUUAAAUCUUUGCAAGUAUCAAAUAGUUUGCAGUGUGAUCUGUUUUGAUUGUUCUAUAUCUGUCCUUAACUGUAUCUUAAAUCUAUCCGCUCUCUCGGCAUGAUGUUUUCCCAUUUUUAUGGUCCCAACUUGGAUAUUUAUGAAAUAAAUCCUGCAUUUGUACCUCCUUAAUUUAUUUUGAGAAUGUCUUCAAUAAAGUUGUCUGUUUCCCUGA